AGAGUAACUCAGGAAAAAGAAGACUUAUGAUUAUAUGCAAGGUGUUUUAAUAAGAGGGGAAAGCUCAAACCAGAUGCAAUUUUGCUCUGCAUGUCUGAAAGUGUGCGUACCUAUAUGAGCUCGAAGUGUUUAUUUCCAUCAUGAGCAUUAACAGAAGAUUCUCACUGGACAGUUCUGACUUGGCAUAUGAAGCAGGACUGCUUGGCGCUAAGGGAGGUGGCAGCAUAUCAGGUAGUAAAAAAUCUAGACAGAGCCUGGUUGAGGGCCGGCUGGAGACCCAGGAAGUAAAUAACAGCCUCAGGGAGCAGGCCAUAGCAGAGGAACUACCAGAUGGUCUCAUCAACAGUAAUAGCUUCAAGAAGCACAACAAAAACUUCCGCAAACUGUUUCCAGAUAUUCCAGAGCUCGAGAAUCUGACACAUGCAUUCACCUGUGCCAUGCAGAAGGAGGUGCCGUAUCAUGGAAAACUCUAUAUUUCUGAUCACCAUGUGUGUUUUCACUCCUCCGUGCUGCUCAAAGAAACCAAGGUGGCGAUUUCUGGAUGCAGUGUCAAGGAGGUGAAGAAGUAUAACACGGCAUUAUCCAUGUUGUCAAUAAAGACGACGGAUGGAAAGAAGUUCUCAUUUGUGUCUUUGAGAAACCGUGAGCAGUGUUACAAACUCCUUCACAACAUCUGUUCAUAUGCUAAGGAGGGGAGUGCAAACAGCAGCCCUCAUCACUCCUCUGCAGAGAAUGAAGUUGAGCCUGACGUUGCCUCCAGUGUUUCCAGCUUGGAGGACGUCACAGAUCAUGAUCUGAGCAGACAGAACAGCAUUCAUCUUAAAAACAGCGUUCUGCAGAUGUCCGGUGAAGGUCCAACCAGUUCCAACUUCACACAUCAAAGCAGCUUAACAGACGCAGACAACAGAGCUGGGCCAUGGAUUUGGAGGAUCAUGGAGAGAGUUGUACCGUUCCUCUUCGUCAGUGAAAUGAGGAACCUCAGGAGUCUCUUCUACAUCUACUUUAUGCUCAUGACAUUGCUGCUUGUGGCAUCGGGGUACAUCGGGAUGAGGAUCAUUGCUCUGGAGGAGCAGCUGAACACCUUGGGAGACCUGACAGUGUUGGCGCUACACAAGAGACAGUACCAGGAAAACUAGCCAGCAGAGGCAGUGAUAAACAAAUCCCCUAUGGAACUCAUGCAAUGUACCUCUUUUAUUAAGACUCCACUGUACACAUUGAUCCCUGUCUAGAUAACUCUCUAAAUCAACUCAAUAGAAAGAGACUAUUUGACUUAACGUUCAUCUUUCAGUAAAAUGUUUCCUCCAAAGAAAUGUACAGUUUAGUUCACAAAUAGGAUCUCCAAUCUUUUAUUAGCAUCAUGUUUACAGUGGAUGUAGAUCAGCAUUAAGGUGCUUUCUGGAUGUGUGAACACGGACACACGUGGUGAACUACAUGGAUGAGUGACUGCUUUGGCGGAGAAGCACCACACUAUUUCUGUCCGGAGUGCAAUCAUUUUCUGCUGACAGGUCAAAGAUAUGAAGCCAUUUCUCCAGCAAAGAGCCAUAUGGAGGCAGCGUGCUGAAGCCAGGUUUGUUUCCUGGCCGUGUGCUCAGCUAGCAGACGUUUCUGGGCUGACCUGCAAAAUGUGACAUCACAGUUGAUUUUAACAAGAAGGUGAAAAAGCACCUUUUUCUGUUUCUUGAUUAAGAAUCAAAUGUACAUUGUAAAAUAAUGGUUCAUGUUGUUUUAGUGAAUUACUGGUACUUUAUCUUACUGUUAUUGACAACAUUCAGCCAGCAGGGGGCAGUCAGUCCUUUAACAUAACUUACAGGCAGAACGUCAGCUCUCGAAACACUUUUUUCUUUUUUAAAGGGGCUAUAUGUAACUUUCAAAAAUACUGCGAUACCGCAUGGACGUUAGGUGAACUGCACCAGUAACCUGUUGCUCGCUCUCCCUCGCGUGCUCGUCAUACGUGCUCGUACGUACACAACACUGGAGAUUUACCGGCAUAAUGUUUACAGAGGAGGAAAGUGAAAGUCUGUGUGUCUGUAUUCAUUCUCCAUCCUACAAACGACAGUCUCAGCAGGCACUGGCUAAGAGCAGGAGUGUGUGAUGAGUCUGUAAUGUUGAUCUCUGUAAGCGGAGCGGAGUGAGGACGUUGAGAACGUGCAUAAAAUGUCACUUCCUGGAGCUUUCGCGGAAAAUACGACCCGGGGAAACUUUUUAGUUUAGAUAGACAGUGAACAUUAAUGGGAGAUAAAAAACGAUUUAUACAUGUAAAAAGUUACAUAUAGCCCCUUUAAAAAUACAUGUAUAAUGUUAAGAAGAAAAAUUCAUUUUUUUUGCCAAACUGUAAACUUGUGUUCAUAAACAUUAAAAAAAAAAAAAAAAAAAAAAGACUUCUAACUUGGUGUCACAAAACAUGGGGACACAUAAGUGAUUGUAUGUGUUACAUUGUGACAGAAACAUUCUGGUGUUUUUACAAAGUUUUCUUUUUACAUUUACCAGGUCUGAUAAAUGUCUCAAGGAUUGUUUUAACUGUGACCAAUAAACAUAUCUUCAUCAAUUCCAGCCUAUCAAAGAAGUUUGAAAUUACUAUGUACAAAAAUAGAAACUGUUCUAUCAAUACCAGAUAUUAUACAUGUUUAUUAACUAAUGCACUGUGUACAAUCAAAUUGAAAAAGAAAACGACAUUUUUGUACAUAAGUGAUCUUUUUAUUAUUUUGUUGUCAAUAAAAAGGUCAAGAUUCA